CUAUCAUAAUACAAUACAGACUUGUUUGAAGAUUGACGAGCUCUCUAAUGGCUACAUCUUACAUCCAGCUUCUGCUUCUUGUUCUCGCACCACUUCUCUUCUUACCGGCUUUGUACGCUGUUGAUUUCGGGUACUGCAAUAAGAAUGGAUACGAUUACGGUAACUUCAGUCGUGUAGAGAUCUCUCCGAACCCGGUUGGACCUGAAGACAACUACCUAGACAUUACUGUAUCUGGUUAUGCAAGUAAGCAAAUGAACAAUGUAACUAUAGAAGUGCACGCUAAAUCAAACGAAACUAAUGACCUUCUAGGAGUCUUCUAUAUCUGUAAGGUGGGUAAUGCAUGCGUUAUUAAAUCUGGCCUCUGUUUUAGUCCUGAAUGCGCUAUUGAAGCUGGCACCAAGUUUGUGUUACCUAUUCCCAAAGUUCCAGUGGAUGACCUUGAGGAUGACUUCAAAUAUGUCGUAUCUCUGCUUGAGGACGAUCCCGUCAACUCUUCUGACUAUGAUGAAAAGUUUAUAGAAAGAAUGUGUGUUAACUUCGUUGUACCUAUGUCGGAUUCCACAUUGGAGUCUGCUUAGAGGCAAGUCGGUGGGUGGAAAAUAUGUUAUCAAGCAUUUAUAUGAGUUUUUUUUACACAUACUCGCUUGUUUUCCCCCUUUCUUAAGUGUGUUUCCAAUAAUACCAAGUUCUGGUACUUUAUGUUGUAAUUUUGGUUUGCUAAUACAAACAUUUUACUUCAG